AUGGAGGCUGAGUUUGGAUGCUACUUCCUCAAGAACUGGCAACCUGCCGCCCUGCCGAGGACGCUGGAGUCACUCCAGCAGCUCCUUGCAGACGAGGUCCGCGCUGGGGAGUUGCCGGCUUCACCGGCUGUGUGCUUAGCUCCGCCGCCGGCUCCCUUGGAGCAAUGUACAGUUGGGGCGCUGGGACGUGGAUCCGGAUCGCAGGUCCUGGUGCUUGAGUCCUUGCAGGAGGAGCUGCGACCGCAGGUGGAUUCUCUGUUGGAAGAGGCGGAAGAUUUCGCCGGAAAUGCGUUGCCGCAGUCUGAUGAUGAAGCGCUGCUCUUGGGCGACGCCGCCACCAGUCCAGUGAGAACCAGGAAGCGAACUGGAGCCGGAUUUGACAGCGACUCGGGCAGUGAGGACGGCCUUCCGUGGGGCGAUGCCGAAGUGGUGGAGACGCCCCGCGCGACGGGAGUGCCGCUGGAGGCAUCGCCUUCGCCUCCAGGUGGUGAGGAACCGCUCCCGCACAUGCCAACCCCGUUGCCGCAGAUGCCCGGAGUGAAUCUGCAGCCUGGGAUCGUCCGCGCGAGCAGUGGCCCUCUCAAGGGGUCUUGUGCGUGUCUGCCGGCCAUCACCCUGCUUGCAUGGCCGCUGUGGUCCCUCGCGAUGACGCGGCAGCCUGCGAUGGGGUCGCACCCCGUGGAGUCUGUGCGUGCUGCUGCGAGCGACUACGCAGCCUGGGCCAGGGAGAAACUGCUCAGAAGCAUUCCCGACAUCCGCAACAUUGAGGUAGAGGACGUGAGUGAUGGCCACACUGUGGAGGGCUUCGCGGACGGCAGCAAGCGGGCGCAGGACCCGAAUGGACGUGAGCUGAAGGUCCUCGUGGUGUCUGGCGCGUUCGAGUCGCUGAGCCCCGUUCAGCGGCAGCGCUUGGUCCACAAAGCCCUGGAGGAGGCGCUCAGCUCUGGCGCCAUCCACUCCCUGCCGGCCUUGCGGACACUGACCCCACAGCAGUGGGAGGAGAAAGAUUGCUCCCGGGAACAACAGGUGAACUGUGUUCCGCCGGAGGCGGUGGUGGACGAGGAUGCCUUGGAUCUGCCGACUCUGUCCGGAGACUGUGGCUCCUGCCAUCGCUGA